CAGCAAAUGUCCAAUGGCAGCUCCAUCACCGAGUUCCUCCUCCUGGCGUUCGCAGACACGCAGGAGCUGCAGCUCUUGCACUUCUGGCUCUUCCUGGGCAUCUACCUGGCUGCCCUCCUGGGAAACGGCCUCAUCACCAUUGCCGUAGCCUGCGACCACCGCCUCCACACCCCCAUGUACUUCUUCCUCCUCAACCUCUCCCUCCUCGACCUGGGCUCCAUCUCCACCACUGUCCCCAAAGCCAUGGCCAAUUCCCUCUGGGACACCAGAAUAAUUUCCUAUGCAGGAUGCGCUGCCCAGGUCUUUUUCUUUCUCUUCUUGAUCUCAUCAGAGUAUUUUCUCCUCACAGUCAUGGCCUAUGACCGCUACGUUGCCAUCUGCAAACCUCUGCACUACGGGACCCUCCUGGGCAGCAGAGCUUGUGUCCACAUGGCAGCAGCUGCCUGGGGCAGUGUUUUUCCCUAUGCUGUGCUGCACACAGCCAAUACAUUUUCCAUACCACUCUGCCAAGGCAAUGCCCUGGACCAGUUCUUCUGUGAAGUUCCCCAGAUCCUCAAGCUCUCCUGCUCAGAUGCCUACCUCAGAGAAGCUGGCCUUCUCGUGGUUAGUGGCUGUUUAGCAUUUGGGUGUUUUGUGUUCAUCGUGCUGUCCUACAUGCGGAUCUUCAGGGUCGUGCUGAGAUUCCCCUCCAAGCAGGGACGGCACAAAGUCUUUUCUAUGUGCCUCCCUCACCUGGCCGUGGUCUCCCUGUUUAUCAGCACUGGCAUGUUUGCCCACCUGAAGCCCCCCUCCAUCUCUUCCCCAUUCUUGGAUCUGUUGGUGGCAGUUCUGUACUCAGUGGUGCCUCCAGCAGUGAACCCCCUCAUCUACAGCAUGAGGAACCAGGAGCUCAAGGAUGCCCUGAGGAAACUGAUGGGGCGUUUUUCAGCAGCCACAGACUGUCAGCCUUUCUCUGCAAAUGACUCCCGGUGUAUGUCAUGA